AUGCAAUUAAAACAAUUAGGUAGGAGCAAUAUGUGCUACUUGUAAGAGCAUAAAGAAUUUGAUAUGCGCAUAAAGUAUUUGUGUGUAGAUAGCCAAUGCACUCUAUAGUUCAGAGCAAUGUGUACAGAUUGUUAUAAUAAGUUGCAUUAAGGACAUCGCGUAAUUGAUUUGAUUGAAGCAGAAAGGUUGGCGUAUCAGCAAAAUUAAGAACAUUUGGCUUAAUUUAAGACACAUAUAACUAAAUUGAAUGAAAUUCUAUAACACAGUAUAAAGACUAUCAAAACUCACAUCAAAAGAUUGUAAAAUCAAUUCAAACUCCUCAUUGAAUAAGAGUUGGAAAAAUUACAUCAAUAUCAUCUUUAACCUCCUAAUGAUUUAAAUGAAUUUGCUGAAUAACUAUUACAUCAUUAGAAUAUUAUUUCAACAACAUCCAUGUAAGUUUUAACUAAAGGAGUCAAAUCGUUGUUGUUGAAAUCUUAUUUUUUAACUUCAGAUAUUACGGUUUUUACAUUCAAAGAUUAUAUCAGUCUUUCAGAUGAUUCAUUAGUUUAAAUCAAAAGGUUUGAUCUAGUACAAAAAGUACUAUUAGAUCAAAUUACCUUCAAAACUAAUUCCACUGAAGCACUUUAAAUAUUCAAUAGUCAUCCUAAAAAAAUUAAAUGUCCAGGACUUGUUCAUAUCUAUUCCCUCGAUAUUAAAUAAGAUGGCACUCUAAUUGCAGUAGGAGGUCAUCCUGAUACCCUCCUCUUAAUUGAUCCAAUUUCUGGACUAAUUGUAAAAUCCUUUAAAACAACAUUCUUAGAAAUUUUUGCUAUAAAAUUCUCUUCAGAUGGAGUAAGAUUAGCUGUAGCUGGUUCUUGUCCAUAUGAAGUGUAUGUUUGGAAUUGUAAUGAUUUUGAAUAAAGUCCAAUAAUCUUAAAAGCAUAACAACUUAACUAAAUAAAUAGAUUAGAUUUUAUAUCCAAAUAUUUAUAUACAGUUAGUGAUGAUUAUAAACUUCGAGUUUNGUGUGAUGUGAUUCAAGUAGAGUAUUAAGGUGUUGAUUAUGAGUAUCUUAAUUUAGUUGAGAUUGAUAAUUAAUUUUAUGGAUAGUUUGUUUUGAUCUGA